AUGGCAACUUCAUGGUUCUGUCUCUUAUUAUCGUUCUUCAUCUUCUCUGCAUUUGCUCAAUUCCCGGACCAAACGGCCUACAAAGAUUCGGUUCGUGUUCUAUCGAAACCUCUUGUAGGUGAUGACGGCAGAAUCUACGCUUGUUCCGAAAACGAUUUCUUCUCAUUCGAAGCCAAUGGUUCCAUCGCUUGGUCGGUUCACUUGAACUUCAAGUGCGAUCACGCUUCAGCCCCGGUUCGCUCCGGCACAGGCCAGAUUCUUGUCCUUGCAGAGAACCGAAUUCUCAUCAUCGAUUUCAACCGCAACGGGACAUCAUCUAACCAGUCUGAAUCAGAAGUGUUCUUCGAUCCCGGUGAAACAAUCCUGGGUUUCGCCGUUAGCUCCUCGAGUUCAUCAGUUUACUUCACGGUCAAGAACCGUGGUCUCUACGCCUACAAUAUGCUUCAGCAGCAACAGCUCUGGAUCGCAGAACCUAAAUUCGAACGGUUCGGGUAUCGUUUAGGCUGCCGGAGAGAUUUUCAAGACUGUUCCUUUACUUCUCCGCCAGUUAUCGAUGCUUGUGAAGCAAGUAUCUACAUAUCGAACAAUCAAGGAGAACUCUACUCGUUAUCGAUCCAUGCUCCUCAUUUCCAAUGGAUCCAAGAUCUCAGUCUCGUGGACAGAUUCUUCGCUGUCACACCCGGGAACAACGGCCUGGUAUAUGUUGUCUUCCCUGUGAAAUCUCUUGUUCUUGCGUUAGAUUCGUUUUCUGGUAACAUCCAGUGGCAGAAAAAUGUCGGCCCACUUGCAUCUUCAGGUUGCGGUCCCGUUAUCGACUCGAACGGUUGGGUAUCGAUAGGUUCUCUAGAUGGUUCGAUCUAUUCGUUUUCCCGCACGGGAAAGCUCAAGAAGUUUCCCAGACAUACAGAUGCAGAUUCCGUGAUCCAAGUAGACCCGUUGCUCGAUUGCUCAGGAAACGCGAUUUACGUUUCUCAGACGAAGAUGGAGGGGAAAGUCGAUCGUGUCAUCGGAGAAUACACUUACGUGUCAGCCAAGAAACCCAAAAACGCGGUUUUUACGCUUCUCGUUCCAGAGACUGGAUCUGUCUACUGGUCUCAGAGCUAUCCCGAUAAAAUCUCGAGUUUGCUGUCGGAGAAAGAUCUGCAGCACUUUGUCCUGGACGAGAGGAUUGUUCUUGCGUUCCUCGCAGCUUCUAAGACUGGAAAUCCACUUCGAUGCCGGUCCAAAUACGAAAAGCUUGCUUCGAGCUGCUCGCUGGCACAACCAGAUCAUCUUGAUACCAAUAUCGGAAAGGAACGAGGGAUUAUCUGGUUCAUACUGUUCGAAUUCGUAACCAUCGUACUUUUGUCCGGUCUUGUACGGUUCUGCUGUGUGUUCUGGAAGAAAAAGAAGAUCCAAGAGCAGCCCUUGAGAAGCUUUCUACGAAAACGAAUGAAGAAGAAAGGAAUCGGUAGAACGAUCACAGAACUUGAGAUGGAAGGUUCAUCGGGCGAUGUCGACGAAGUGACGGAGAUAACUGGAAGGGACGAGGGCCGUACAAAUUCUGAGAUACAGGGUUCUGUCCUUCCCUUCUAUGAUGAUGAUGAUGCUGAUAGUGAUGGUGUUACUAGUAUUGAUGAUGAUAAUGAUGAAGACGAUGAUGAUGAGGAUGGUGAUGAUGAUGAUGAUGACGACGACGACGUAUGGUAUGUUCCAACCAGCAGUAAAAGCAAGAAUUUGAAGAGGAGGGCAUUAUCUUCGACCAACUAGGGGGCAUGCAUGGCUUGGAUUUCAUGUUCUUGGUUAAUGAUGAUGUUAGAA